AUGAACAUAGCAGCAGUGUUUAAUGCCUUGCUAGUGUCUGCCCUUGCAGCUGUGCUGUGGAAAUACAUCAAGCUGCGAGAGCACGUCUUCGAGGUUGAAGAAGAGCUGGUCCUCACUCGCCAGUCCCAGGAACUCUCUCAGGUCCAGAUUGACUACCAUGCAGCUCUUCAGGCCCUGGUGGAGGACGGUACCAGGAUGGUAUGCACAGGCAGGAUGCACACGGAUCGCAUCUGCCGCUUUGAGUCCCUCUGUUACUCCACUGAGGCAGAGGAGUUUGUCUUCUUUCACAGCAACGCGUCAGUUAUGCUUCCCAACCUGGGCUCCAGGAGAUUCCAGCCUGCCUUGCUUGAUCUCUCCUCGGUGGAGGACCACAACACCCAAUAUUUCAACUUUGUGGAACUGCCAGUUGCUGCAUUGAAAUUCAUGCCAAAGCCGGUCUUUGUGCCUGAUGUGGCGCUCAUCACCAACCGAUUCAACCCGGACAACUUGAUGCACGUCUUCCACGACGACCUCCUCCCAAUCUUCUACACCAUGCAGCAGUUCCCAGACUUGGAUCUGGAGUCCCGACUCUUCUUCAUGGAGGGGUGGAGUGAAGGCCUGCACUUCGAUCUCUACAAGUUACUGAGUAACAAACAGCCACUCCUCAGAGAGCAGCUUAAAACCCUGGGCAGGCUCCUUUGUUUUACCAAAUCUUAUGUAGGGCUGUCCAAAAUCACCACAUGGUACCAAUAUGGAUUUGUUCAGCCACAAGGACCAAAGGCAAACAUCUUGGUUUCUGGCAAUGAGAUUAGGCAUUUCACCAAGUUCAUGAUGGAGAAGCUGAAUGUCAGCUUGGAAGAAAGUGCCAGUGAGGAGUAUAUUGUAGUAUUCAGUCGAACAAUCAACAGACUAAUCCUAAAUGAGGCAGAACUAAUCUUGGCACUUGCCCAGGAGUUUCAGAUGAAAACCAUUACAGUCUCCAUAGAGGACCAUUCGUUUUCUCACAUUGUACGUCUGAUCAGCAAUGCAUCCAUGCUGGUCAGCAUGCACGGAGCCCAAUUAGUGAUGUCUCUCUUCCUGCCAAGAGGGGCCUCUGUCGUGGAGCUGUUUCCUUAUGCGAUCAACCCCGAACACUACACCCCAUACAAAACACUGUCAACGCUCCCUGGCAUGGAUCUCCAGUACAUUGCCUGGCAGAACACUGAUCAGGAAAACACUGUAACCUUUCCUGACAGGCCAUGGGACCAGGGAGGAAUUGCUCACUUAGACAAGGCAGAGCAGGAACGCAUAAUAAAGAGCAAGGAGGUUCCACGCCACCUCUGCUGUCGGAACCCGGAAUGGCUUUUCCGAGUCUACCAGGAUACAAAAGUCGACAUCCCUUCCCUUAUCCAAGUGAUCAGGCAAACGGUGAAAUUAAAGCCUGGACCCAAGAAGCAGAAGUGGACUGGUGGUCUGUACCCUGGCAAGGUCAGGGAUGCUAAGUGUCAAGCCUCUGUCCAAGGUACUAGUGAAGCGAAGCUCUCUGUGUCUUGGCAGAUCCCCUGGAACCUUAAGUAUCUGAAGGUCAGGGAGGUGAAAUAUGAAGUGUGGAUACAGGAGCAAGGUGAAAACACUUACAUGCCUUAUAUUUUGUCACACCAGAAUCACACCUUUUCAGAAAACAUUAAGCCAUUCACGAUAUAUCUGGUGUGGAUCCGCUGCAUCUUCAACAAAAAUCUCCUUGGACCUUUUGCAGAUGUGCUCUUGUGUAGUACGUAA